AUGCCAGGGUGCGUAUCUUUGUGUGUGUCUCUUUACUCAACAUGCCCAUACCCCAUAUCCCACCCUCCCUUGUCACUCCACCAGGAGAGGCAGAUCAAGGAUGCCAAAGUGCGUAUCUUCGUGCGCCGUGGAGGGCCCAACUACCUCAAGGGGCUUGAGAAGAUGCGUGAACUCGGCACCGAGAUUGGCAUCCCCAUCCAGGUGUAUGGUCCUGAAGCCAGCAUGACCUGCAUCUGCAAGGAAGCAAUUGAUUACGUGGCCUCUGCUGCUGCCUGA